CCCAACGUUAUUAAUAAAGGCACUGGUAGUGUGAGAUUGUGCAGAUCAUCAUCACUGCAUUCAGCUUUAUUCAGCUGAGUUUGCUCUGCAGCAGCAUUUGACCUCAGGUGCAGGAGUUGUCGUCCGUCACAAUGAAGUUUCUGAUCUCACUGUGUGUAUCACUACUGCUGCUGAUUAAUGGUGAAAUAAUCAAUGGACAAUCUACAGAACCUACAACUUCCAGCUCUGAUCCCUGCUAUGAUUAUAACACUCUUGAUGAAUACUGGAGAGACAUACGACUAAGCCAAAGCACUGGACAUGAUGACACUCUUGUUGAAUGGAGUGGCUGGUAUCGGCUGUAUUUGAAUGGAGAAAGUGCUCAGAUGUCUGAGUGGUGUGUGAGUUAUGUGGGAUGUGGUGGUUACACUGGACUGUAUCUCGGUGGAUCUCAUCCAACACCUGAGGAUGGAGUGGUGACCCGUGAAGUUUUGGGAACUUAUGUGGGGUGGGGGUAUUCCAAUCGGUGUGGAGCCUACAAUUCGACGUCUAUCCAAGUUAAAGCCUGUCCAGGAGAUUAUUAUGUCUAUGAAUUUACCAAACCCAACAAAUCAGCCCCUGGACCUACAUACUGUGCAGUUGCUUUCAGCAGCAUCAGCAGUGAUCCCUGCUACAACUAUGAGUCUCUGGAUCGUCCCUGGAGAGCCAACAAUGAAAGUGGAGAUAACGUUUGUGAUGAACGUUUCUCCUGGAAUGGCUGGUACCGGCUUUUCUACUAUGGAAUGAACAUCCAGAUGCCAGAGACCUGUGUUAGUUGGUACAGCUGUAAUGUAAACAUUAAUUUUUUGGUUAAAUGUUCUUAACCUUAGGUUGGGGGUUGGGUUGUUGUUAGGGGGGUUUUUUGUAAUUAUUGGAGUGGCUGCUGUGAUUACAAGACAAAACCCAUCAGAGUGAAAGCGUGUCCAGGAAAUUACUAUGUCUAUGAACUUGUGAAUCCACAAUUCGGGUGUUCAGGAUACUGCACAGAUGUCAGCACUAUUUCACAGGCGGCUUCUACUGUAAGCCCAGAUAUAGUCACUGGAACCAGCAUCAUCUUGAAUUAUGACCCGUGUGAAAGCUACAAUGUACUCAACAACCACUGGAGAAGCACACUCAAUUACUGGUCUACGUAUGGAUACAUCUCUGAUCAUGAUGACACUAGUAUAGAAUGGGAUGGCUGGUAUCGACUCUUCAUUAAUGGAUCAAGUGCUCAGAUGCCUGAGUGGUGUAUGUCUUACAUGUCAUGUGGAGGUUUUAGUUCUCUGUGGCUUGGUGGCUCUCACCCUCGACUAGAAGAUGGAGUUGCUACACGUGAAAUUUAUGGUUCUUAUUUUGAUCAGUGCAGUCACUACAGAUCUGAUUCAAUCCAAGUUAAAGCUUGUCCAGGAAAUUAUUAUGUCUACAAAUUUACCAGACCACCUCUUUCAAUUCCAGCUCCUGUAUAUUGUGCAGUACCUUUCACAACCCCGAGUGUUGAUCCCUGCUACAGCUACACAAGUCUGGAUGAGCCUUGGAGAGCCACAAACAACCCUUACUAUAAUAACAAUUACUACCAUAACAUGUGUGAUUAUAAUGUGGAGUGGAAUGGCUGGUACAGGAUGUUCUACAAUGGUCAAAAUUCCCAGAUGCCAGAAUCAUGUGUAAAUCAAGGCAUGUGUGGGACGCAAUACCCACUGUGGCUCACAAGCCCUCACCCACAGCUGGAAGAUGGAGUGGUCACCCGUCAGGUCUGUGCUUCUGCAUGGUAUGGCUGCUGUACUUACACAUCCCACCCUAUAAGAGUCAAAGCCUGUCCUGGAAAUUACUAUGUUUAUGAGUUUGUCAAGCCAAUGUUUUGCUCAGCUUUCUGUAUAGUACCAGAAGCCUCAAACCAGUCCAUCCCAUCAGUGUCUACAACAACAGAGACAAUCCCACCCAUAGAAUCCAUUACUCCACCAAUCACAACCACUGCUCCCUCUGUUGACCCCUGCUACAACUACAAUGUCCUGGAUGAUCUGUGGAGAUCCACCAACAAUCAACAUUCCUCUCAAAUAAUGUGUGACACUUCGGUCAGCUGGAACGGCUGGUACCGUCUCUUCAUUCAGGGUCAGAGUGUUCAGAUGCCAGACACCUGUGUUGAUAUGUUGAGUUGUGGCACUCAUGCUCCACUGUGGCUGAACGGAGGACAUCCAACAGUUGAGGAUGGAGUGGUCACUCGAGAUGUCUGCGGUCACUGGAGCAAUAACUGUUGCUAUUUCCAAUCCAAUCCCAUUAAAGUCAAAGCCUGUCCAGGAGGGUAUUAUGUCUAUGAGUUUGUGAGACCAAGUGCCUGCAGUUUGGCAUACUGUGCAGAUGCAAGGAACAUAAACAUUACCUCUACUACUGUAAUGCCAGAGACUACCACAACCACAGAAACUACAGCUGAAACUACACUGCCUGUUAAUAGAAAUCCCUGUUCUGAACUCAACUGCUCUGAUGAUGAAAGGUGCGGGAUGAAAAAUGGUGUUUACGGAUGUUUGUGUAAAAAGGACCCGCACAGACAACAACAACAUCAUGACUCUUUCGACUUCUCAGAAACCUGUGAAAGCAGCUCUGGCUCCAUGUCUGUGUCUCGCUGUCAGCUCUUUGAGGCUGGUUUUCCAGCUGACGUCUUACACCUCAAUGAUCCCAGCUGCAAAGGAAUGGUCCAGAAUGGCAGAGUGGAAUUCCAUUUUGAUAACGAUGAACAUAUCUGUGGUACAAAUCUUCUGGCCAAUGGCACCCACUUCAUCUACAGUAACUGUAUUCUGGGGACACCGAGGUCAGAAGAUCUCAUCAGCAGAGAGAAAAUCCUCAAGCUUUCUUUCAGCUGUGUUUAUCCUCAAACACAAACACUUUCAAUGAAUGUGGAAAUCAACCCACUGGAGAGCAUUGUGCACAGGACUCUUCCCGCUGGUGAAGGAAGAUAUCAGGUGCGGAUGAUUCCAUAUGAGGAUGAUGAGUUUACUCGGCCCUUCACUGGUAGAGUGGAUGCAGAGCUCGACCAGAAGAUGAAUGUGGAAGUUCGUGUCGAGGGGGUUGACAGUCAUCAGUUUGCUCUGGUGAUGGACACGUGUUGGGCUACACCUGUGAAUGAUCCUGACUACAGUCUCCGCUGGGAUCUCAUCCUUACAGAGUGUCCCAAUCCAAAUGAUGACACAGUGGAGCUGCUGCAGAACGGCGUCUCGACAUCCAGCGGUUUCUCCUUCAGGAUGUUUAUCUUCACUGCAAACUCCACUAAGCUUUACCUGCACUGCGCUGUUCACCUGUGCCUUCUGUCAAGCAAUCGUUGCUCAACGGACUGUAACUCCGGACACCAGCGGAGAGAGCGCAGGUCUCUGGACUUCCAUGACAGUGCUUCCAUAUCCCUGGGUCCUCUGAUGUUGUCUGAAGGCAACACAGAUAAGUGGAUCCCAGAGCAAGUGAAGGUAUCUGAGGCUUCUUGUCUGUGUGGGUCUCUGAUGCUGUUACUUGCUCCUCUGAUGAGUUUCCUGAUCCUGUUUUAGUUUAUUUCCACAAAAAAUGUUCUACAUUUUACAUGUAUAUUGUCUAGUGCCAUAUUAAAGGUGCAGUAAGCGAUUUUUGCCAAACGAUGUUGAUAUUUGAAAGCACCAAAACAAACACGCCCAUUACCCAACAGGAUCUCGCCCCUAUUUUGAUAACUCUGCCCCACACGAAUGUUCACAACCCUGCUAGCGACAAUGGCGGAAUCUGCUAUGCCUGCCGGCUGCAGCAUAUUCAAGAUAAAUCCAUAACAGAAAAGUUGUCUGAAAAAGCAAAAUCAACGUAAUACACUUUUCAAGAAGAAACAAAGCAACCUCAGCAGCCGAUUCCAGGCCUUCUUGCUACUUGAGGAAAGUCAUGGCCCAAAGGUUGCGGUUUCGAGUCUCAUACCAGCAGGGAAUGUAGGUGGGAGGGAGUGAAUGUACAGCACUUUCUCCAACCUUCAAUACCAUGACUGAUGUGUCCUUGAGCAAGGCACCAAAACCCCAACUGCUCCCCGGGUGCCAUAGCAAAAAACAAAAUGGCUGGAAAUCGGUCCGAUAAUGUGGUCAAAAGUGUUUUUCAAAAAUGCACCUUUAAUGUGGAAACAGAUGCUACACUCAUUUUGGGUUUCUAAAUAUUUCUUUAUUUCAUAAGUGUGUUAAUGUGGCAUAAUAAAAUAAUUCUUUAAUCCUUAGUUAUUAUAAACUACAGUCAUUCUAUUUCAGUUGAGAGGAUGUGCUGAUUACAAAUACAAUCAGAUUUGUGUUUAUUGAAAUCAUGCAAAAACAUUUUAUAUGGCCAUUUCUUUUCUGUAGUUCCUUUUCAAAUUCUGUAACUAAGUAGGUCAAGAAAAUACUUGUCAAAAGUAUCAAAACUGAAGUAUGUAAUAUUGUGAUGGUAGAAUAUUUUGAUUUCAUUCCUUAAAUUAUGUUUUAUAAUUUAUUCUGCCAUUUAUAAUGGGACAUAAACAGUAGGGACAUGAUCAUGCAGUCUGGAUAACUCAAAAUAUAAAUGAGAAGAAAAAAUAAAUAAAUUUGAAGAUUAAAGCAAAA